AUGUCCGCUGCUAGGCCUGAUGGUGGCCGGCCUGGGGCGGACGGCGACGCUGCCGAUGACACGUGCUGCGCGCGGUUAGAAUUGACGGCUGAAAGCGAGGCGAGCCGUCUGUACGUGCUAUCGCGGUGGGGAGAGGCGCGCUGCGAGCUGACUGUCAGCGACGGCCGCUCUGCUUGGACGGGCUGCGUGGAGGAGGAGGAGAUGUGGGAGAAGGCUGAGGCAUGGGGGUUUCAGUCGCCAGGUGAAUACAACAGAGACGUGCUCCGAGCGGCUUUGGCACAGCCAUCUAUAUCUCUCCGUUUCACAUGGGGACGGCGCACCAAGAGAGCCCGGGCCUCUCAAGAGCAGCCUGCCACGUGGCAGCUCGCAUGGGCAGUGCAGCGGACAGACGUGGAGAUGCGGGCGAGUGUGCAGCUGAGAGCGGUGGAGGGCGAGGAGCAGCAGCGGGCAGCGGUGGGACGGAUACUCGAUGAAGCCAUGAGAGGGGUGGCUGUUGCACAGGAGGAGCAGCAGCGCAGCAGAGAGGCGUGUGGGAGGAUGCAGAGGGAGACAGAGCGGUGCUUGCAGCAGAGUGAGCGGUUCAGAGAGGAGAAGAGCCGCCUGGAGGACGAGCUGCUGGGGAAGUUCCUGCUAGUCCUCAACGCCAAGAAGGCAAGAAUACGAGAGCUUGAGGCUUCUCUACAGGGGGCCACAGGUGGGGGGACGGGAGGUGGAGGAGGCAAGGGAGCAUGCGGAGGAGCAAAGGCAGGGAGUGGCGGUGCAGGGCGAGUGGGGAAGGGGCGAUGA